AUGGCGUCUAGACCAGAGAUUAAGGAGGAGGAUGAAUCCGGUUUCUGCAAGUUCUUUCGCAAUCUAGAAGAAAAGGACAAUGAGACGGUGCGCAUAUUCGACCGUGGCGACUACUACAGCGCCCACGGCGAGGAUGCCAAGUUCAUUGCGAAUACUGUCUACAAAACCACAGCCGUAAUCCGCAAGCUGGGACGAGAACCAGGACUCGAGUCCGUCACAAUGACCGUCACCGUUUUCCGCAACUUCCUCCGAGACGCUCUAUUUCGACUCAGCAAACGCAUUGAGAUUUGGCAGUCAACAGCCAAGCGCAUGGACUGGAAAGUCGUCAAACAGGCAUCACCCGGCAACCUACAAGAUCUGGAGGAUGAGCUGGGCGGUCAGAUUGAGAGUGCUCCGAUAAUAUUGGCGGUCAAGGUUUCGGCCAAGGCAUCGGAGGCACGAAGGGUGGGUGUAUGCUUUGCCGAUGCAAGUGUACGGGAGUUGGGCGUUUCAGAGUUUCUUGACAAUGAUCUCUAUUCCAACUUCGAGUCACUACUCAUCCAACUGGGUGUGAAGGAGUGCCUGGUACAACUGGACUCAACAAAGAAGGAUGUCGAGCUCAGCAAGCUCCGGACUAUCGCCGACAACUGCGGAUGUGCAGUGGCAGAGCGAGCAGCAGCCGAUUUUGGCACAAAAGACAUCGAGCAAGACUUGCCUCGGUUGCUCAAGGACGAUCGUGCUGCUGGUUCGCUGCCUUUGACAGACCAGAAGUUGGCCAUGGGCUCAGCUGCGUGUCUGAUCCGGUACUUGGGUGUUAUGUCUGAUUCAUCAAACUUUGGACAAUAUCAGCUCUACCAACACGACCUGUCACAAUACAUGAAGCUCGAUGCGGCCGCGCUGAAAGCACUGAACCUCAUGCCUGGACCACGAGAUGGUGCUAAGAACAUGAGUUUGUAUGGUCUGCUCAAUCACUGCAAAACACCAACCGGCAGUCGGUUACUGGCACAAUGGCUCAAGCAGCCAUUGAUGAAUAUCAGCGAGAUUGAACGACGGCAGCAGCUGGUUGAAGCGUUCGCCAAUGAUACAGAGCUGAGACAAACCAUGCAAGAAGAGCACUUACGCUCAAUACCUGACUUAUACCGGUUAGCAAAGAAGUUCCAACGCAAGGCAGCAAAUUUGGAAGACGUUGUGCGGGCAUACCAGGUUGUCAUUCGGUUACCAGGUUUCCUCAGCUCUCUCGAGGCAGUCAUUGAUGAGCAAUACAAAGAGCCGCUCGAUACAGAGUACACGGAGAAACUCCGCCAAUAUACCACAGCAUUUGCCGGUCUGCAAGAUAUGGUGGAGACGACGGUUGACUUGGAGGCUCUCGACAAUCAUGAAUUCAUCAUCAAGCCCGAGUUUGAUGAAUCACUAAGGACUAUUCGAAAGCGCUUGGAUAAGCUCAAGCGCGACAUGGAAUCUGAGCAUAUGCGUGUGGGCGACGACCUUAAUCAAGAUACAGAGAAGAAGCUUUUCCUUGAAAAUCACAAAGUCAAUGGCUGGUGCUUCCGUCUGACGCGCAAUGAAGCAGGCUGCAUUCGACAAAAGAAGCAGUACCAGGAAAUCUCGACACAGAAGAACGGUGUCUACUUCACAACAAAUACUCUGCAAGAAAAGCGCAGGGAGUUUGACCAGUUGUCUGAAAACUACAACCGCACACAAGCAGGUCUAGUCAACGAAGUCGUCUCGGUAGCUUCAUCCUACGUCCCUGUCAUCGAGAAGCUCGCCGCAGUGCUUGCACACCUCGAUGUCAUUGUAGCCUUUGCACAUGUCUCCGUUCAUGCGCCAACCUCGUACACAAGGCCCAAGAUGCACCCACGAGGUACCGGCGAUACCGUUCUCAAAGAAGCGCGACACCCAUGUAUGGAAAUGCAAGACGACAUUUCCUUCAUAACAAACGACGUUUCCCUAGUCCGUGACAAGAGCGAAUUCCUCAUCAUCACAGGACCCAACAUGGGCGGUAAAUCGACCUACAUCCGCCAAAUCGGCGUCAUCGCUCUCAUGGCCCAAAUCGGAUGCUUCGUCCCCUGUUCAGAAGCCGAACUCACCAUCUUCGACUGCAUACUCGCACGUGUGGGCGCCAGCGACAGCCAAAUCAAAGGCGUAUCUACCUUCAUGGCCGAAAUGCUCGAAACAGCAAAUAUCCUCAAAUCCGCCACCAAGGAAUCCCUCAUCAUCAUCGACGAGCUGGGUCGCGGAACAAGUACGUACGAUGGAUUCGGACUGGCGUGGGCCAUCUCCGAGUACAUCAUCAAGGAGAUUGGGGCAUUUGCCUUGUUUGCCACACAUUUCCACGAACUGACCGCACUCACGGAUACGUAUCCGCAGGUCCAGAAUCUGCACGUCGUAGCGCAUAUUUCCGAGGGCAGCAGCACCGCCGACGACGAUGGCGAUGUAGACAUGGAGAAUGCGGCUGCGCAGAAGAAACGCGAAGUCACGCUUCUCUACAAGGUAGAACCGGGUUUCUCUGACCAGUCUUUUGGUAUUCACGUCGCGGAACUGGUGCGCUUCCCGCAAAAAGUCAUCAAUAUGGCGAAGCGCAAGGCGGAUGAGCUUGAAGACUUUUCUGGAAAGCAUGAAGAGGGGUUUGUGCAGGCGAGUAAGGAGGAGGUCGAGGAUGGGAGUCGCUUGCUGAAAGAGGUGCUGGUGGAGUGGAAAAAGGAGGUGGAGAGUAAGGGGUUGACGAAGAAGCAGCAGGUGGAGCGGAUGAGGGAGUUGGUCAAGGGAAAUGAGAAGUUGAUGGCGAAUGGGUUUUUCAAGAGCAUUCAGGCGCUGUGA